AUGCGGAAGAACCGGCGUAGGGCCCGGCACUCACAGUUCGACUCCGGCCCGUUGUCGGCGAAGUCUCUCGCGCAGUUCGAUCCGGAUGGCCUACGGCCUGACGUGCAUGUGGUGGCCCGGAGCGGCUAUCCGGCGGUGCCGAUCCGGUUCCCCGUCGGGUUCCGGGACGCGUGCAACGUCGGUGGAUCAGUGGGGUUCGCGAGCUUCGCGCUGUGGCUGAGCGCUUUGCGAGGAGGGGAACCCGGACCGAUCUCGAAGCAGAUCGUGGAGGACAUGGCGACGGGCCGUUGGGGCAUGGUGACCAACAACUCCGAGGUGUUCAUCGAUGCGAACCUGUACACCGACGACAUUGUCGAGGGGACGAUCUGGAUCACCGAGCUCACCGGUCCGGAUCGGGCAACCACCAAUCUGCAUGUCGAAUGGUGCCGGGUCGACGGCGAGACGCGCACUCACAUCGGGUGGAGUGCGAUGCAGACGACGGGUGGAAAUCCUUCCCCACGGUGGUGGUGGCGCGGCACGGCCGAUGCCGCAGUACUUCCACGAUUUCAUCGAGCCGAUGACGAUUCCGACGGGGGCGAAGAACGUCGCUGUCCCCACACAACCGAAGGACGUCGAUCGUGGUUCCUUGAUCCGCUCGGCUCCGAUGGUGCCGCGCAAUCCGUACCUGCUCGGAAUCCGAGGUGUUCUCGACGACGAUGCAGGACGGAAACGUCAGGGCAACAUCUACUUCGGAGGCGCUCCGGGGAACUGCGUUGUGUGCACACCAGAGUUGAGCAUCUGCGCGAGGUCAUGCUGUUUGACGACGUCCUGGUCACGAUGUCCUUGACUGCCCUCUACGAGAGGGGGAUCGACCUCGAGCCCGAGUACUUCCAAGGUCAAUCAGGACGGAUCACGGAGAAGCUCAGUGAUCGCUCGGCACAGAACCGUCUGACGAUGCCGGGCGCUCCGGGAGAACUGGAAAUCUCUCCGCCGUCGAAACUUCCGCAGUCACUGAUCGAUUCGGUGCUGGAGGCGAUCGACGGAAACGACAUGGAUAUGACGCUGCACGGAAUGCAGGACGACUUUCGUGCGAACUCCGCCGACGUCGUUGCACUUGCACGGUGGAGUCACUUCACC